CCUCAGAGCCCCGCGGAGGAGACAGUAGCCGCCUUGUUCCACAGCCCGAUGGCUUCCCCCCGCUCCCCCUCCCAGGAUCCAGACACCACCGCCCCACCCCUCAAGCCCCACCUCUCUGGGGGAUCCUUUCCGCCCCAGCCCUGAAAGCGUUAACCCUGGAGCUUUCUGCACACCUCCCACCGCUCCCGCCCAAGCUUCCUAAAAAAGAAAGGUGCAAAGUUUGGUCCAGGAUAGAAAAAUGACUGAUCAAAGGCAGGCGAUACUUCCUGUUCUCGGGACACUAUAUAUAACGUGAUGAGCGCACGGGCUGCAGAGACGCACCGGAGCGCUCGCCCAGCCGCCGCCUCCAAGCGCCUGAGGUUUCCAGGGACCACAAUGAACAAGUUGCUGUGCUGCGCGCUCGUGUUUCUGGACAUCUCCAUUAAAUGGACCACCCAGGAAAUGUUUCCUCCAAAGUACCUUCAUUAUGACCCAGAAACUUCUCAUCAGCUGUUGUGUGACAAAUGUCCUCCUGGUACCUACCUAAAACAGCACUGUACAGCAAAGUGGAAGACCGUGUGCGCCCCUUGCCCUGACCACUACUACACAGACAGCUGGCACACCAGUGACGAAUGUCUAUACUGUAGCCCUGUAUGCAAGGAGCUGCAGUACGUCAAGCAGGAGUGCAAUCGCACCCACAACCGCGUGUGCGAAUGCAAGGAAGGGAGCUACCUUGAGGUAGAGUUCUGCUUGAAACACAGGAGCUGCCCUCCUGGAUUUGGAGUGGUGCAAGCUGGAACCCCAGAGCGAAAUACAGUUUGCAAAAGAUGUCCAGGUGGAUUCUUCUCAAAUGAGACGUCAUCUAAAGCACCCUGUAGAAAACACACAAAUUGUAGUGUAUUUGGUCUCCUGCUAACUCAGAAAGGAAAUGCAACACACGACAAUCUAUGUUCCGGAAACAAUGAAUCAACUAAAAAAUGUGGAAUAGAUGUAACCCUGUGUGAGGAGGCAUUCUUCAGGUUUGCUGUUCCUACAAAGUUUACGCCUAAUUGGCUUAGUGUCUUGGUAGACAAUUUGCCUGGCACCAAAGUAAAUGCAGAGAGUGUCGAGAGGAUAAAACGGCGACACAGCUCGCAAGAACAGACUUUCCAGCUGCUGAAGUUAUGGAAACAUCAAAACAAAGACCAAGAUAUGGUCAAGAAGAUCAUCCAAGAUAUUGACCUCUGUGAAAACAGCGUGCAGCGGCACAUUGGGCAUGCCAACCUCACCUUCGAGCAGCUUCGUAGCUUAAUGGAAAGCUUACCGGGAAAGAAAGUCGGAGCAGAAGACAUUGAAAAAACAACAAAGGCAUGCAAAUCCAGUGAGCAGAUCCUGAAGCUGCUCAGCUUGUGGAGAAUAAAAAAUGGUGACCAAGACACCUUGAAGGGCCUAAUGCACGCGCUAAAGCACUCGAAGACGCACCACUUUCCCAAAACUGUCACCCAGAGUCUAAAGAAGACCAUCAGGUUCCUUCAUAGCUUCACAAUGUACAAAUUGUAUCAGAAGUUAUUUUUAGAAAUGAUAGGGAAUCAGGUCCAAUCAGUAAAAAUAAGCUGCUUAUAACUGGAAAUGGCCAUUGGGCUGUUUCUUUGCAAUUGGCCGGAUCUCAUGGAUGAGUAAGCUGUUCUCAGGCACUUGCGGGGUUCAGUGAUUUCUUUCUCAUCACCAAUGACUGAUUUUGCCACAGGACAUUAAAAGAAACUAUGAUGUGGAGAAAGAACUACUAUCUCCCCAAAUAAACCCCAAAUGGUUAAUCAAACUGUCAGAUCUGGUCCGUUAUCUACUGACUAUAUUUUCCCUUAUUGCUGCUUGCAGUAAUUCAGCUGGAAAUUAAAAAAAAACAAAACAAAACUAGACUCCAUUGUGCCUUACUGAAUAUGAGAAUGUCUAACUUAAAUAGCUUUGAGACUUCAGCUAUGCUAGAGGCUUUUAUUAGAAAGCCAUAUUUUUUUCCGUAAAAGUUACUAAUAUAUCUGUAACACUAUUACAGUAUUGCUAUUUAUAUUCAUUCAGAUAUAUAAGGUUUGUACAUAUUAUCAUCCUAUAAAGAAAUGGUAUAAGACUUAAUUUUAGAAAGAAAAAAUUAUGUUUAUGA